AUCAGAAACACAAACCGAUAAUAACUUUCCAGAGACAAAAAAUAUCUAACAUGCAAGAAAUGGCAAUUCUAAGGCUUUCGCAGCUCUUACUUCUUCCUAUUCUUCUAGUUCUCUCCAUUUCUUGUACAGCCUCAGCUUCAUCCUCAGCUCCUGAGAACUUUGUUUCCUGUCUUUUAAGCCAUUCGCUCCCUUCUCACCCAAUCGGUCCAGCAAUUUACACUCCCAACAAUGCUUCUUACUCCUCCGUUUUGGAAUCCUACAUCCGAAACCUCCGUUUCUACGAAUCAUACACCCGAAAACCUUACCUUAUUAUCACCGCAUUGCACGUCUCCCAUGUGCAACAGGCCAUCCUUUGUGCUCAAAAGCACAACUUACAGAUGAAAAUUAGAAGCGGAGGCCACGAUUUCGAGGGCGCGUCGUAUGUGGCUGAAGUCCCAUUCUUCAUCCUCGACCUGUUUAAUCUUCGGACCAUCAACGUAGACAUCAAAACCGAGACUGCAUGGGUCCAGGCCGGUGCUACUCUCGGCGAAGUUUACUACAGAAUUUACGAGAAAAGCAAAGUCCAUGGAUUCCCCGCCGGUGUAUGCCCCACAGUCGGUGUUGGAGGACACUUCAGUGGCGGUGGAUAUGGUAACAUGAUGAGAAAGUACGGCUUGUCAGUUGACAACAUCGUCGAUGCACAAAUAGUUGAUGUGCACGGAAGACUUCUUGAUCGAAAAUCGAUGGGAGAAGACCUCUUUUGGGCCAUCACCGGAGGUGGAGGAGCCAGCUUUGGAGUGGUGAUCGCCUACAAGAUCAACCUUGUACGCGUCCCAGAAACCGUUACUGUUUUCAGGGUUAUAAGAACCUUGGAACAGAACGCAACUGACAUUGUGUACCGUUGGCAAUAUGUCGCAAAUAAGCUGGACAAUGACUUGUUCAUCAGGCUUAUCAUGGAUGUUGUUAAUGUAACUGGCUCUCAAACUGGAGAAAAGACUCUAAGAGCUACAUUCAACGCCUUGUUUCUUGGAGACUCCGCAAGACUACUCUCCGUGAUGAACAAGAGUUUCCCUGAACUGGGUUUGGAGCAAUCCGAUUGCCAAAAAAUGAGUUGGGUUGAAUCGACGCUUUUCUGGACAGACUUUCCAAACGGGACAGCUCCGGAGGCUUUGCUUUCUAGAGUUCCUCAAGUACGUGCCCACUUCAAGCGGAAGUCGGACUACGUCAAGCAGCCAAUUCCGAAAGCUGGUUUGAAGUGGAUUAUUCAGAAAAUGAUCGAGUUGCAGACGCCCCUGUUGACUUUCAACCCUUACGGCGGAAGAAUGGCUGAGAUUGCGGCAUCUGCAAAACCUUUUCCACAUAGAGCUGGGAAUCUCUGGAUGGUUCAGUAUGCAACAAACUGGGACGCUACUGGGUCCGAGGCUGCGGAGAAAUACAUCGAUUUGACGAGGAAGUUGUUCGAGUACAUGACUCCCUUCGUUUCCAAGAGCCCGAGGGAAGCCUUCUUCAACUACAAAGAUCUCGACAUUGGGAUCAACCAUAAUGACAAGGGAAGCAAUUUUGAGGGAAGAGUUUUUGGGGUCAAGUAUUUCAAGGAAAAUUUCGAUAAAUUGGUGCUUAUUAAGACCAAGGUUGAUCCUGGUAAUUUCUUUAGGAACGAACAGAGUAUCCCUACUCUUCCAUAUAUUAAUAUACAUACAUGUUCACCCUUCGACUCUCUCAUUUUGCAAUACCAAAAUAUCUCUUUUCUCUAGUUCUAGCAUAGUUUCUCUUUAGUUUUGAGUUCUAGUUCAUAGUUGCUUAAGUUUGUGCGAGAAAUAAGUGUGUAGGCACUUUGAUUUCACCAAAACCGAAGUUACGUACUACACACUCUAAAUCAAUCACAACACUUGCUUUCACAUAUUCAAGCCUUUGUUUUUGCUUGUUCUUGAGUUUUGUGGAUGUGUAUGGUGUUUUGGGUUGUAAAAACCGAAAAUCUCAUAUCUUGAAGCAAUUCUCUCAUCAUUUUACAUCUAGACAGCUAGGUGGGAUUUUUGACAUCUUGGUUUGACUCCACCAAGAGUCAAACCCGUGGGUAGUUCUUCCUUUCCCUUCCUUCUCUCUUUAAUUUGACGUUUAUGGCUUAUAUUUGUAAUAACAUGUGUUAUGAGUAGUUGGAUUUGCCCUAGCCAAACUUAUGUGCAAAUAAUGUAAAUUUCCAUGUAUUUUGAUGUUUAU